GGGAGAACAGUUCAUUGCCACCCCCAAGCCGGAAGCGUCUUUCUUGUGACAAAUCAUUAGAAGCUGACAAAGGGUCCCCUUAGUGCAAUUCUCAGCCCAGGUAUAGCACCCUUAAGCAAUCAUGAUGAAGUGAGGAGGUGUUCCCUAGUACACUCGACCCACUCACCCUGCCAUUCAACUUUUAUCACUCAUUAGGGCUGGAGGCUGCAAUGAGUCUGUCCCUAAACCGCACGGAGAAUGGGGUCGUUUGAUUUUUUUUCUUUAUUCCAUCUCCUAACUCAAGAAACAAAUCUCGGAUCGUGUUUGGCGUCACCGGGGUAAUGACAAAUCCGGGCUCACUGAUGAACGAGGAAAACUUUGCAAGAUGGCCAGUCUGAAAAGCUGAUGACAGACGAGUGCCUACAAAACAGAAUACGGACUACAACUCCCAGCAGGCUCUGCGCGCUGACGGCAAAUCCCUCCGCUUCAAUUUGUCCGGGUGCCUAGGUCCACCGCUGCUCGCCAAGGGCCAAGUCCAAACUUUCUUUCAGGGUCCGAGACCUACCUCUUAGUAGCAUUUCCAGAGAGGGACGACCCAGAGCUCCAGGGAAGAUACGGACUUUUUUUGAGGAGAAACGCGGAGGCAGACGGUGGCUUCGGAGUCGCCCUACAACCGAAGAUUUUCGCGGGCUUUGGCGCGGGGGGUUGUGGGUAGCGCGCUCUGUGGGGAGAAAGAAGCCGGGGUGCAGAGACCGCGCCGCCCGAGGGGGAUGUUCGAGGACGAGCCUCACGCCGACGGCGCGGCGGUAAUCGCCGCGGCCGGGGAGGCGCUGCAGGCCCUGUGCCAGGAGUUGAACCUGGAUGAGGGGAGCGCGGCCGAAGCCCUGGACGACUUCACCGCCAUCCGGGGCAACUACAGCCUAGAGGGAGAAGUUAUGCACUGGUUGGCAUGUUCAUUAUAUGUUGCAUGCCGCAAAAGCAUUAUUCCCACAGUGGGAAAGGGUAUCAUGGAAGGAAAUUGUGUUUCACUUACUAGAAUACUUCGUUCAGCUAAAUUAAGUUUAAUACAGUUCUUCAGUAAAAUGAAGAAAUGGAUGGAUAUGUCGAACCUGCCACAAGAAUUUCGUGAACGUAUAGAAAGGUUAGAAAGAAAUUUUGAGGUAUCUACUGUUAUCUUCAAAAAGUUUGAACCAAUUUUUUUAGAUAUAUUUCAAAAUCCAUAUGAAGAGCUACCAAAGUUACCACGAAGCAGGAAGCAGAGGAGGAUUCCUUGCAGUGUUAAGGAUCUCUUUAAUUUUUGUUGGACACUCUUUGUUUAUACUAAAGGUAAUUUUCGUAUGAUUGGAGAUGAUUUAGUAAACUCUUACCAUUUACUUCUGUGCUGCUUGGAUCUGAUUUUUGCCAAUGCUGUUACAUGUCCAAACAGACGAGACUUGCUAAAUCCAUCCUUUAAAGGUUUACCAUCAGAUUUCCAGACAGCUGACUUUAGGACUUUAGAAGAACCACCCUGCAUCAUUGCUGUGCUCUGUGAGCUGCAUGAUGGACUUCUCGUAGAAGCAAAAGGAAUAAAAGAGCACUACUUUAAGCCGUAUAUUUCAAAGCUCUUUGACAGGAAGAUCUUAAGAGGAGAAUGCCUUCUGGACCUUUCCAGUUUUACUGAUAAUAGCAAAGCAGUGAAUAAGGAAUACGAAGAGUAUGUUUUAACUGUUGGUGAUUUUGAUGAGAGGAUCUUUUUGGGAGCAGAUGCAGAAGAGGAAAUUGGAACUCCUCAGAAGUCCACUUGUGACACUCCAGUUGGAAAAGUGACAACACAGGUUAAUGUGGAGUAUAACCUUCAACAGCACUUUGCAAAAAAAACAUCAUUUGCUCCUUCUACCCCACUGACAGGACGCCGAUAUUUACAAGAAAAAGAAGCAGCCAUUACUCCUGUUGCUUCAGCCACACAAAGUGUGAGCCGCUUGCAGAGUAUUGUGACUGGGCUGAAAAAUGUACCAAAUGAACAACUUACAACUAUUUUUGAAUCUUGUAUGCGUAAUCCUAUGGAAAAUAUCAUGAAAAUAGUGAAAGGAAUAGGAGAGACUUUCUGCCAGCACUAUACUAAAUCAACAGAUGAGCAGCCCGGAUCUCACAUAGAUUUUGCUGUUAACCGAUUAAAACUUGCAGAAAUUCUGUAUUAUAAAAUAUUAGAGACUGUAAUGGUUCAGGAAACACGACGACUUCAUGGAAUGGACAUGUCAGUCCUUUUAGAGCAAGAUAUAUUUCAUCAUUCCUUGAUGGCCUGUUGUUUGGAAAUUGUACUCUUUGCCUAUAGCUCACCUCGUACUUUUCCUUGGAUUAUUGAAGUUCUCAAUUUGCAACCAUUCUAUUUUUAUAAGGUUAUUGAAGUGGUGAUCCGCUCAGAGGAGGGACUCUCCAGGGACAUGGUAAAGCACUUAAACAACAUUGAAGAGCAGAUUUUGGAGAGUUUAGCAUGGAGUCACAAUUCUGUGCUGUGGGAGGCACUUCAAGCUUCUGCAGACAAAGUUCCUACUUGUGAAGAAGUUAUAUUUCCAAAUAACUUUGAAACAGGCAGUGGGGGAAAUUUACAAGGACAUCUUCCCAUGAUGCCAGUGUCUCCUCUAAUGCAUCCAAGGGUCAAAGAAGUUCGGACUGACAGUGGGAAUAUUCGAAGGGAUAUGCAACCACUGUCUCCAAUUUCUGUCCAUGAACGCUACAGUUCUCCUACUGCAGGAAGUGCUAAGAGAAGACUUUUUGAGGAAGAUGCCCCCAAAGAGAUGUUUAUGGAUAAGGUCAUAACAGAAGGAACAAAACUGAAAAUUGCUCCUUCUUCAAGCAUUACUGCUGAAAAUUUAUCUAUUUCACCUGGACAAAGUCUGCUGACAAUGACCACAGCCAUAGUUGCAGGGACAACAGGACAUAAAGUUACAAUCCCAUUGCAUGGUGUUGCAAAUGAUGCAGGAGAGAUCACACUGAUACCAGUUUCCAUGAAUGCAACUCAGGAAUUGAAAGUUGAGAGUCCAGUGUCACUUACAGCUCAGUCAUUAAUUGGUACUUCUCCAAAACAGACCCAUCUAACUCAAGCACAAGAGAUACAGUCUCCUGCAAUAAGCAAGCCAAAAAGAACUGGAUCUUUAGCACUGUUUUAUAGAAAGGUAUACCAUUUGGCAAGUGUACGCCUACGUGAUUUAUGUUUAAAACUGGAUGUUUCAAAUGAGUUACGAAGAAAGAUAUGGACAUGUUUUGAAUUUACUUUAGUUCACUGCCAUGAUCUAAUGAAAGACAGACAUUUGGACCAGCUCCUUCUUUGUGCCUUUUACAUAAUGGCAAAGGUGACAAAAGAAGAAAGAACUUUCCAAGAAAUAAUGAAAAGUUAUAGGAAUCAGCCCCAAGCUAAUAGUCAUGUUUAUAGAAGUGUACUGUUGAAAAGUAUCCCAAGAGAAAUUUUGACAUACAAUAAAAACAUAAAUAGUGAUUUUGAAAUGAAAGAUUGUGACUUUAAAGAUGCUACAAAAACACCUGACUGCUUCAAUAAAAGUGGACCAAUAAAAGAGGAAAGAGGUGAUCUCAUCAAAUUUUACAAUACAAUAUAUGUAGGAAGAGUGAAGUCAUUUGCAUUGAAAUAUGAUUUAUCAAAUCAGGACUAUGUGAUGGAAGCUCCACCACUCUCUCCUUUCCCGAAUAUUAAGCAGCAGCCAGGCUCCCCACGUCGCAUUUCCCAACAGCACUCCAUUUAUGUUUCCCCACACAAGCAUGGAUCAGAUCUUACACCAAGAAGUGCUCUCUUGUACAAGUUCAAUGGAAGCCCUUCUAAGAGUUUAAGAGAUAUCAACAACAUGAUAAGACAAGGUGAUCAAAGAACCAAGAAGCGAGCAAUAGCUAUUGAUGGUGAUGCAGAAUCACCUUCCAAACGUCUCUGUCAAGAAAAUGAUGAUGUUCUACUUAAGCGGCUACAGGAUGUUGUCAGUGAAAGAGCAAAUCACUAGUGUUCCUCCUUUUUCUAUGAUUAAAGCACUUUCAUAUUGUUAGAAGCAAGUUGGGGCUCUAGCCUUCAAAUGUUUCAGCCCUGGAGAUGGUCAUUAUCACUGGGUUAUAAGAAAAAUUGCACCAAAAUUAUUCCCUUUAUUUACGUUUAUCCAACAUGUACUUUACAGAUGUAUUUUGAAUUGGAUUAGAAAGGAAUGUUUUAAGUGCCUUUUGAAUAUUACACUCAUCUUAGUUUUUUUUUUUUUUUUUAGACUUUUUAAAAUAACUGUUCCUUUGGUUUGUUUGUAGAGGUAAAGAGAAGCCUUGCAACUUUUAAACUCACUUUUUCAAAUAAUCAAGUGUUUUCCUUUUCUGUGCUUCAUGAUAUGUAGGUAAAUACUUUUUCAUAAGUCUGCUUUGUUAUAUCUGUAGCCUUAAUUUAAUGCUGACUCAGAUCUGGUUCCCACAACACUUGGGCAAGAUGAUGUACCAGCCUGUUUUGAACCCACUGUGGUAGCUCCAGAUUCAAAUACUACUACCAUUCUGGGUUGUCUAGAUCCCUUCUCAUGGCCUUUCUCUUUGUGACUAUAAUCAUAUUUGAAUCUUAGGCCACCUACUUCCCCACUCCUUGCUUUCAAGGCCCUAAACUAUUCUUAGCCUUGUAUCACAACUUAGUAAAAGGGAUACUUCCUCCUUUUGUAAACUAUCAUUUUGGUUUUUUGAACCAUUAGUUAUAUAAUGUCAUGUAAUUUUUGAGACUAGUAAGUAGCUUCUCAGGUCAAUAGGCUAAAAUAUAGAUGGACUGAGAAUAAUUUUUUCAUGUUUUUUUUUCUCUUCACAGUGAUAAUGUGUGAGAUACUAUUUUUGAGGUCUUAAGACAGUCAUUUUCAAUAUCUGACUCCCUAGGAGUAGUUGAAAUCUUUUUCAUAAUCAUAUUAACAUUACUUCAUGAUUUCAGUAAUUCUUCAUGAUUACUUUAUACACAUCAGUAAAAUAGAUGCUUAUUAUGUGCCUUUCUAUGUUCUUAUUAUUAUUGCUGCACUGUAAAUUUCCCAUUAGGGUUUUAAUCACUAGGACCCCUUAAGGAUCUUUUCCAAUACUAGGGGUUCAGCUUUCCAAAGAAUCAGCUAUAUAUUGUUCACAUUUUUAAGUGUAUUUCCAGAAUUUGAAAGAAGAUGGAUAAACCAUUCUUAAUUUUGAGAAAAUGUUAUUAACUGUAUAGUUUUAAAACUGUAAACAUUAUUAUUUUAUUAUUAUCUUUACUGAUAGGAUAGAGACAGUCAGAAAUUGAGAGGGAAGGGGAGAUAGAAGCAGAGAGACACCUGCAGCCUGCCUUACCACUCACAAAGCUUUCCCUCUGCAGGUGGGGACUGGGGACUCGAACCUGGGUCCUUGUAUGUUGUAAAAUGUGUGCUCAACCAGGUGCACCACUGCCUAACCCCUACAAACCUUAUUUUUUAAUGUUCACUAUUUAGAUAAAUUUAUGUCUAACCCUGCCUAUUUUAAAUUAGUCAAAGCUUCAAUGUAAAUUAGAAUUAAUAUUGUCAGGGGAGAUGGGCAGUAGUGCACUGGGUUAAGUGCACAUAAUGUGAAGUGCAAGGACAGGCGCCAGGAUCCCAGUUUGAGCCCUAGGCUCUUCAACUGCAAGGUGGUUGCCUUGCAAGCAGUGAAGCAGGUCUGCAGGUGUCUCUUUCUCAGCCCCUGUCUUUCUCCCCUCUCAGCAGCAACAACAAUAGCAAAAGCAACAAUAAUGGAAAGAAAAGAUGCCCUCCAGGAGCAGUGGAUUUGUGGUGCAGGCACUGAGUCCUAGCAAUAACCCUGGAGGAAAAAAAAAAAGAAUAUUGUCAGGAAUUAAAUUCUUUUUUUUUGUCUUUAUUUAUUUGCUGGAUAGAGACAGUCAGAAAUUGAGAGGGAAGGGGGUGAUAGAGAGGGAGAGAGAAAGAAACACUUGAAGCCCUGCUUUACCAUUUGUGAAGCUUUCGCCCUGCAGGUGGGGACUGGGGCGCUCAAACUUAAGUCCUUGCGCACUGUAAUGUGCGCUCAACCAGAUGCACCACCAUCUGCCCCCCAGGAAUUUUAUUCUUACCUUUAAAAAGAAAAGUGAGGCAAGGACUGGUCUAAGGAUCCUGGUUCGAGCCCCUGGCUCCCCACCUGCAGGGGAGUUGCUUCAUAGGCUGUGAAGCAGGUCUGCAGGUGUCUUUCUCUUGAUCUCUCUGUCUUCCUCUCCUCUCUCCAUUUCUCUCCGUCCUAUCCAACAAUGACAUCAAUAACAACAAUAAUAAUAACUACAACAAUAAAAAAUAACAAGGGUAACAAAAGGGAAUAAGUAAAUAUUUAAGAAAAAAAGAAAAGUGAGUUUAGUUGUUUUACUUUUCUGAAAAUUAGAUCUUCCUUUUUGUGUAGUAUCUACACACAUUGUAAACCAAAUAAUAUCAAGUCUACCUUGAAUCUUUGUAUAUAUUUUUAUGUAGCUGUGUCUAUUGUGUCAUUUUUCAUCAGUGUCAUUAAAAUAAGUGUAUAUAAUGUUAAUAAAGCAUUACUACUUUGAGAUUAUUGCAA